ACAAGUGUGGGCUCCUCGUCCAGGAACAAGAGAUGGGAGAUGCACUCAGGGAUCACGACCUCGCAGCCACCGCCGACGACGAGGACGCUGGCGUUUGGCCCGGUGAGCUCGACGAGCAGCUCAUACGGGAGCUCCUCAGCGAUGACAGCCUCCUCGGCUCCAUGUAUCCGGACAACGACUCGGGGCGCCACCGCUCCUGCGACACGGGAGGCGCCCCUGCCGCCACGCCGUGCAACAGCGGCGGCAGCACCGCGGCCGAGCACGAGCCGUUGCCGCCGGCUUCGGCGUCGAGUAUGCCUCUGUGCUCGGCCUACUCCGGCCCUACGAUCAGGGACAUCGAGAAGGCGCUGUGGUCUCGGCCGUACACCUCCAGCCAGCGCUACGGCUCGCUCCAUUUCCGCAGGUAUGGAGCGCCGGGUACGGCGCCGGAGAGCAGGCACGUGACCAAGGUGAGGAGCUGCGGCGGCGGCAAGAAGACGCCCAUGGACGGGUACAGGUGGAGGAAGUACGGGCAGAAGUUCAUCAAGAACAACCCCCAUCCCAGGAGCUACUACAAGUGCACCAGCGCACGGUGCAGCGCCAAGAAGCACGUGGAGAAGUCCACCGACGACCCGGAGAUGCUCAUCGUCACCUACGAGGGGUCGCACCUCCACGGCCCGCAGACGACGACACUCCGGCGCUUCCAGCCCCCGGACGCCGCCGCGGACCUGCCCGGCGCGGCGGGCGUCGCCAUCGCUGGCGCCGGGAUAGGCUGCAGCGUACGGCCAUCGUAUGGAACGUCAUCCGGCGACGAUGUGCGACGAGAAGACAACCAGCCGCUGCACCGUGGCGCCGUGCAGCGCGUGGCCACGGACACCCCGUCCUCUUCCCUGCCGCAUGUUGCUGCCGUUGAUGCAACUGUGCUUUCAUCUUCUAGCCUGGACUCACCUUGGUCCCUGGAAGCUCUACUUCCCGUGGAGAGGAUCUGAUCGAGGUGACUAAGCUAGGCCAUUAGGAGAGAGCGUCUGCUAUGGCGUUUGACGUACCAGGGUAUAAUUAGAAGUAUACUGCGUAGCAUGUAGAGAUCAAAGGAUCAUAUGAACGCCACUGGCGAAUACCUGAUGAAACAUGUAGUACCUGAUUGGGUUAAUUAUAUGAUUCGUUUACCUGCUGAAAAAAGUACUAUCUGACCUUCUUCUUGGCGACUUCCCAGUGCUAAACCAUGACAAUGUCGGAGAGGUCGUGGAUUGUUAGAGAUAAAUUUGAUGUAUAUGUAUUUUUUUUAAAUGCCAGCCCAUCGGCUGUUAUUCUUUUCAGUCUCAUCAUUUGUGACGCUUGUGUUGUUCGCAAUGCUACCGUAACAAUUACGGAAGGAUGU